AGCGGCCUGGCGGAGGAGGUGGAGGCGCAGGGCGCGGGGUUGCGCCGUACUAGCGGUGCCCGCCGAGGGGAGGAGGCGGAGGAGCUGCGCGGCCAGAGCGGGAAAGCCACUCGCCUCGGCGGCGGAGUUGUGGCGCGGCCGCAGCCCGGCUCCUGGGGCCGUGAGGCGAAGGGGCGUCUGCUGUCCCGUCAGGUUCCCAUCGGAGCGACCCGCGCGAUCGGGGAGAGGGUGAAGAUGGAGGGGGAGGGCGGCGGCGGCGGCGGCGCGGGCACCAGCGGGGACGGCGGCGAAGGCGGCGAGCGGCUCCUCACCGUCAAGCACGAGCUGCGGACCGCCAACUUAACAGGACAUGCAGAGAAGGUGGGAAUUGAAAAUUUUGAGCUGCUGAAGGUCCUAGGAACUGGAGCUUAUGGGAAAGUAUUUCUAGUUCGUAAAAUAAGUGGUCAUGAUGCUGGAAAGCUGUAUGCCAUGAAAGUUUUGAAAAAGGCAACAAUAGUUCAAAAGGCUAAAACUACAGAACAUACAAGGACAGAGCGACAAGUUCUGGAGCACAUUAGACAGUCACCAUUUUUGGUGACAUUGCACUAUGCUUUCCAGACAGAGACCAAGCUUCAUCUCAUCUUAGAUUAUAUAAAUGGUGGAGAACUUUUUACUCAUCUUUCUCAAAGAGAGCGUUUCACAGAGCACGAAGUGCAGAUCUAUGUUGGAGAGAUCGUGCUUGCCCUGGAACACCUGCAUAAGUUGGGGAUUAUAUACCGUGACAUUAAGCUUGAAAAUAUUCUACUUGAUUCUAAUGGCCAUGUGGUGCUGACAGAUUUUGGUCUGAGUAAGGAGUUUGUGGCUGAUGAAACCGAAAGAGCAUAUUCUUUUUGUGGAACUAUUGAAUACAUGGCACCCGAUAUUGUCAGAGGGGGUGAUUCGGGACAUGACAAGGCAGUUGACUGGUGGAGUUUAGGUGUUCUAAUGUAUGAGCUACUAACUGGAGCAUCUCCUUUCACUGUUGACGGAGAAAAAAACUCCCAGGCUGAGAUAUCUAGGAGAAUCUUAAAGAGUGAGCCUCCAUAUCCCCAGGAAAUGAGUGCUACAGCUAAAGACCUGCUUCAGCGUCUUUUGAUGAAAGAUCCCAAGAAGCGAUUGGGAUGUGGCCCAAGGGAUGCGGAGGAAAUCAAAGAACACCUCUUUUUUCAGAAAAUAAAUUGGGAUGACUUAGCUGCCAAAAAAGUGCCUGCGCCCUUCAAGCCAGUGAUCCGGGAUGAGCUUGAUGUGAGCAACUUCGCUGAGGAGUUCACAGAGAUGGACCCUACCUACUCUCCAGCUGCCCUGCCACAGAGCUCUGAGCGCUUGUUUCAGGGCUAUUCCUUUGUUGCUCCUUCUAUCCUCUUCAAGCGUAAUGCAGCUGUCAUAGAUCCUCUUCAGUUCCAUAUGGGAGUUGAACGUCCUGGAGUAACAAAUGUUGCCAGGAGUGCAAUGAUGAAGGACUCACCAUUCUAUCAACACUAUGACCUAGAUCUGAAGGACAAACCUUUGGGAGAAGGAAGUUUUUCAAUUUGCAGAAAGUGCGUACACAAAAAAACUAACCAAGCAUUUGCCGUCAAAAUAAUCAGCAAAAGAAUGGAAGCCAAUACUCAGAAAGAAAUAACAGCUCUGAAACUCUGUGAAGGACACCCCAACAUUGUGAAGCUACAUGAAGUUUUCCAUGAUCAGCUUCAUACAUUCCUUGUGAUGGAGCUUCUGAACGGGGGAGAACUGUUCGAGCGCAUCAAGAAAAAGAAGCACUUCAGCGAGACUGAGGCGAGCUACAUCAUGCGGAAGCUUGUCUCGGCUGUGAGCCACAUGCAUGAUGUUGGGGUAGUGCACAGAGACCUGAAACCUGAGAAUUUAUUGUUCACUGAUGAAAACGACAAUUUGGAAAUUAAAGUAAUUGACUUCGGGUUUGCACGCCUCAAGCCACCUGACAACCAGCCGCUCAAGACUCCAUGCUUCACCCUUCACUAUGCAGCACCAGAGCUCUUGACGCACAAUGGCUAUGAUGAGUCCUGUGACCUGUGGAGCUUGGGUGUCAUCUUGUAUACAAUGCUGUCAGGGCAGGUUCCAUUCCAGUCUAAUGACAGAAGUUUAACAUGCACUAGUGCAGUAGAAAUCAUGAAGAAAAUUAAAAAGGGAGAUUUUUCCUUUGAAGGAGAAGCAUGGAAGAAUGUAUCCCAAGAGGCUAAAGAUUUGAUUCAAGGACUUCUUACAGUUGAUCCAAAUAAAAGGCUAAAAAUGUCUGGCUUGAGAUACAAUGAAUGGCUUCAGGAUGGCAGUCAGCUGUCCUCUAAUCCUCUGAUGACUCCAGACAUUCUGGGAUCUUCAGGAGCUGCUGUGCACACCUGUGUGAAAGCAACCUUUCAUGCCUUUAACAAAUACAAAAGAGAAGGGUUUUGCCUUCAGAAUGUGGAUAAGGCCCCAUUGGCUAAGAGGAGGAAAAUGAAGAGGACAAGCACCAGCACAGAGACACGGAGCAGCUCCAGUGAGAGCUCCCGCUCGUCCUCCUCCCAUUCCCAUGGCAAAACGACACCCACCAAGACACUGCAGCCCAGCAACCCCACAGACAGCAGUAACCCGGAUACGCUCUUCCAGUUCUCGGACUGAGUGCUGCGGGACGUGGGCUGUUGUCGCUAACCCUUACACCUUACUUCCCUCAGCAUGUGCCUGAGGUAUGUUCUGUGCUUUAAAGAGAUGUGUCCCAUUGUUCUCAUUGGAAUCUGCCUCGUAAUGAAUAUUUUUCGGGAAACCUGUCUGGUUAUCCUUGUCCAAAAGCACUGGACAGACAGCAUUACUGUGAAUAGAGGACACAUGAUACUUUUUUAGUGGACUAACAUGAUGCCAGCUCAAGAUUCUUCUUGAAACAGCAAAGGUUUCUGUAAUUUUAGUAAGUGGUUAGAUAAGUCAUGGAUUUUUCACCUGUCUGCCAAGAAGACUUGAUGACUUCUGCCAUGCCUGGUGGACAAGGAAGCUUUUUAAGAGACUUGCACCCUCUGGGUAGCAAUUACCAGAGAUAAAGGUCUGUUUUUGAAAAAGAUGCUAUAAUGAAUUUUAUGUAUGGCUUGUUUCUUAAAAGAGAAUUUUAACUUAUUGUUUUUAUUUUAUGGUCAUAUAUGUUGAUAACCUGCUAUUAUUAAUCUUUUUCUAAAAAGCAAUAUAUAUAUAUAUAUAUAUAUAUUUAAGAACUUAAGGUCCUAUGCUCUGCACUUGGGACCCAUCUGAGAUGCAUGCUAAGCUAUGUUUAUUUUAAUUUUGCACUGCCCUUUCCUGGCAGUUUGUUUUAAUGGUUAUUGCAGGAGCUAAGGUACAUGUCUCUUGGUUUUAUGUAAUAUGGCACUUUAUAAAAUAGUGUUGGUAUUGUAGUCUGUCUUAUAAGGUGCACUGUUUAAAGCAUAUGUACUGUAUUUUUGGCAUUCUUUUCACUAUCUAAUUUGUCCUCCCAUCCCUCUUCUGCUUUCUAUGCAGCAAGUAGAACAGGAUGGUUGUCCAUGACUCCUUAGCCACUUAGCACCAACCUGAGGAGAAGUAAAGGGACAUUGAACUCAACACUGUGCUUCGCAUCUGCACACUGUGUUGUACUACAGUGAGGCAUUCCCUCCUGUAGUCAUGUAUUAUGGACAUAAUAUUUUAGAGCCUUACCUAUACUUGUUUUGAAAUGUUUCUGUUAAAUUUUAAAUCCACAAAGCAUUUUAUAAACUUAUGCAGAGCACUUUUAUUGCUCAAAAGUUCUGAAUUCAUACAGAAAACAAGUGCUAUGCCAUGAAGACAUUUCACUGAAAGACUGCUGUAUUUUAAAAUACAAAGUAAUUAAUUCCCUAUGCAAGAAAAGAAAUUAUAGGAUUUGUAUGGUUUUUUUUUUAAAGCCAUUACAUGGAAUGUCAGGACUCCAAAAAAUGAUCUCCGCUAUGUUUACAAGAAUCAUGCUUAAAAAGAUACUGCCCAACAUGCUUAUUUUACAGUUUUGUUAGUGAUAAUCUCUUCAGCAUUAGUUUGGAAUUUGGACACAACACCUACUUAUCUCUUUCUUAAGAUUAUAGCAGCAUUAAUUUCAAGCAGUUAUGAAUACUAAAAAUACUGCAUUCUGUGUAAUGGUAGUAUAUUUAUUACUAAAUCAGUGUAUAUAUUAAAAAUAUAGGCAACAAAAUGGUAAAUAUUAAAAUAUUUUCAAAACAUUAUAUUAUCCUGUUCACUUUUUGUUCACAGUAGUUACUGGGGAUAUUUUUUGAUACUCUGACUGGCCAAAUGGCUAUAUAAUUCUCAUUGAGUCAAUAAAAAUUUUGUACUCCUAGUUUUCAGUCAUUUCUAGUCAUGAUAGGAAACUGUGUGAAUUAUUAAUAAACUGUAGCCAUUUCAACAAAAUGUGAUGCCUUUGAGCACAGGUUUUUAAUAAGAAUAUAUCCACUUAUUUUUACACUGGAUAUAUCUGGGUUAUAUUUGGAAAUGUAUAAGUUAGUUCUUGGAGUUAUUUAUUGUAUAUCCUGGUAGGAACUAUGAGUUUCAAAGUACAAAGUAAGGAGACUGUUUUGCCAACAGAAAGUAAUCCAGAAAAGUGUUUCGGCGUUCCCUCAUGAUUGAUUAGUUCAUAGUGAAUAUUGGAAAUUGAUGGUUUUUCAUUUCUUCACCUUGUGUCCUCUGGAGGAUUUGAUAGACACUGAAAUGGGCAAAAGUAGCGUAAGAAGAAGAGAUAAGGCUAUCUGAACUGGUGAGCCUAACUGAGUCGUCUAGAGGGAGCUUGUGGAAAGACAUCAGGAGACUUCAGGAAGAUGCAGCCACCGGCACCCGAUUUAUAGGCACUUGAAAGGCAGUACCUAACGAUCCCUUGCAGAGUCUGUGUUAGUGGGCAGCAAGGUGUCCUUUAAGAAACACAGACCUUCCAUUUGGUCACAUCAAAAUUAAACAGUCAAAAUGCUCCAUACAAAAAUACUUAGUGGGGCCUGGAGGAGAUGGCAGCAGUUAAGACAGACGCUGCUCUUGGCAGAAGGAUAUGAGCUCCACUCCCGGCAUCCAUUUCACACAGCUCGCAACAGCCUGGAACUCCAGCUCCAGGGCAUCCCAUGCCUGCUUCUGGUGCACCAAAAUAUUAAGUGAAAUGACUUUUGAUUUUAGGAGUAAAAAAAAGUAGGUCAACGAAAAAUAAAUAUCUACUUUAAAUUUUCUUUAUGACAAUAGUUUGGGGAAUAGAGUCAAGUCAUCCUACCCUUCUUUAUUGAUUGUACUGUGUUUAACUUAUGCUACUGAAUAUCCCAAGUCACACAUUUUAUAAUUGCAUUGAAAGGCAAGGAUAAUAAGAAAAGGGAUGUGAGAGGGAACAAGACUCAAGGAGACCAGUUUUUCUAAUUACUGUGGCAGGUCCUGUUGCUGAAUGAAGUAAUUUAGCUCUCUUGAAAUCCAUCAUUUCUCCCAAGCCUCUAUAAGAAACCAUUUAACUAUUGGAAUGAAGUGAAUUUCAACAUGAUUAUCUGUCUUGAAGUUGCAGGCUCAUUUGUGCAUGAAAACUGCCUUUUUCUUUUGAGAUUACUGCUAAUUAAGUUAUUAUGCAAAUGGCUAUAUUUUAAAUGUAAGGCAAUUAUUUUAAAGAAUCCUACUAGGGUAACAAUGAGUGAUCUGUUUUUUUUUUAAAUAAAUAAAAUUCUUUAUCUAAAUGUGAACGCAAAUAUUUUAUAAGAGCAUAUAAUUUAUUGUCUACUUGUUUGCUUUUCUUCUCUUCUUUCUUUUUUCUGUUUUUCAAGUCAGAGUUUCUCUGUCUAGUCUUGGCUAUCCUGGAACUCACUCUGUAACCAAGCUGGCCUCAAACUCAAGAUAUCCACCUGCCUCUUCCUCCUGAGCGCUGGGAAUAAAAGCCUGCACCACCACCGCCUGGCCACUUUUCUUCUAUUUCAGACAUCUAUUUUUGUUAGAUUUAUUUACAACAAGAUGCUUUAAAAUGUUGGAAGUUUCGCAUUGUUGGCCCUGUACACAUUAUUUUAAAAUGUUGGAAGUUUCGCAUUGUUGGCCCUGUACACAUUAUUUUAAAAUAUUGGAAAUUUCGCAUUGUUGGCCCUGUAUACAUUAUUGGCUUUUUAUGCCUUAGAGCUCCUGGCUACUUUCAGGUGUUUUCCCAGAGGCCAGCAACAGCGUGUCUGGUGUGCUUGUGUGGCAACAUCUCUAAUAUUACUUAGUCUACUGAGUUAAAUUCUAAUAUGUUACUCAAGCUCUGUCAGAAUAAGUGUCUCCAGGUGAAUUAUUAUAAUGAAAUAUCUUUGAUCUACAGUGCUUGGCCUCUCAAAUGUCUUAUACCCAAACACCUCAAUUUUUUUUAUCAUUAACUAUACUACGUGAGUUCCUGUUGCCACUUGAUACCUUUAUCCAUCACUAAAAUGAGCAUAGCAAGCUCUCAUGAAAUAGAAGUCACCAUUUGGGUUAUGUUUGGUUUCUGUUUGUCUGUUUGUUUGCUAUUUGAUUUUUCAUUUUGUUUUGUUUUGUUUUGUUUUGUUUUGUUUUGAGACAGGGUCUCUCUGUGUAGCCCUGGCUGUCCUGGAACUCACUAUGUAGACCAAGCUGGCCUCAAACCUAUCAGAGAUCCACUCCUCAAUUGCUGGGAUUAAAGGCAUUGUGCAAAAAUGCCUGGCCCUCAUGACUCACUUUAAGAUCCAAGGAUGGGGGAACCCAAAAGAUUCACAGAGGAAGAAGUAUGUCUCAAAUGUUUUCAGUGUUGGCUGCUUGAAGAAAAGGGCUGCUACAGCAAUACAAGUUUUAUUGCAUCUUAAUAAGUAGCUUCACUCUUGAUUUGGAGUAGUUAUUUAUUUAUCGAUCAUGGUGUCACAUGCCUGUAACACCAGCUCCAGGGGGACCCAGUGCCUCUGGCCUCAUGGUACUUCCACUUAUGUGCAUAUACUAACACACAGACACAUAAUUAAAAAUAAAUCUAAGAAUGGGUUUUAAAUGUGUGAAAUGCAGCUACAAGAGUUCACCAUUAUGCAAAAAUUAGCAUUUUUUUACAUAGAUAAGAGGACAUCACUACACCCUAUCAUCUUACAGGACCACUGUCACAUGUGGUCUGUCGUUGGCUAGAGUUCAUCACAUGACACUUGAUGUUUGCUUUAACGCCAAAUCUGCCACCAGCGAAUUCUCUACGCUUUUAAUUUUUUUUUAAUAUUUAUUUUGCUUUUAUUUUUGAAACACCUUUAUUGGAAUAAAACUUAUCAGUAUGAACCAAAAAUUUUAAAGGUACAGGUCAGGGUUGCCUUUAGUUUUGAAGGAUAGUUAUGCUGAGCAUGAAAUCCUAGGUAUGCCACUUUUAAAAUGCUGUUCCAUUUGUUAAAUUCUGUCUCAGUCAGCUCUGAGUUUUAUUUUGAAGAGAAGGUUUUUUGUUUUUGUUGUUGUUGUUUGUUUGUUUUUCCCUUCUAGUCACAUGGGAGGGGAACAGUUGAGCAGGCUCAGACCUUGAAGCCUAAGCUGACCUCAGACUUCUGACUUAGCCCCUCUAGUUCGGGGAAUUACAGGUAUUGCCAUCACCCCCUGCUCUCAGACCAUCUUGAAAGAUUUCCUCUCUAUCUUUCUUUCAAAACUUUGAGUAUAAGAUGCCUAUGUGUGGUCUUUUAAAAGGAUAAUAAACUUAUAGACUCUGUUGAUCAAUGACUUUCCUUAUUGGAAGGUUGGGGGUUUUUUGUUUGUUUUUCUUUGUUUGUUUUUGUUUUGUUUGGUUUGGUUGGCUGGUUUUUGUUGUUGGUUUUGUUUUUUUGUUUGUUUUUCAAAACAGGGUUUGUGUGUAUGUCAAGCCCUGGCUGUCCUAGAGUUAUUCUUCACAUCAGUGUUCCAGACCCAUCCUCUCUGUCUUCCUUUUUAGAAAUCCCCAAAGCCUCUUCCCCAUGUUCUUUAUUAUCUCCCCAUCUUUUCUGUUUUCCAUCAUUUCCCCCUGUACUUGAACCUGUAUACAUUUUACCAAUUUGUCCUCUAGUUCAUUUGGUCUCUCUUCUCUCAUGUCUAAAGAAUUUGAAAUUUAAUAUUAUAUAUAUUAUAUAUUAUAUAUUAUAAUAUCAAGUUCUAAUAUAUUCAUUGACUCUUACAUAUAUUCCAAGUACCUAGUGAAUUCCCAAUCUUCCUUUUUGUUUGUUUUGUUUUGUUUUUUAAGACAGGGUUUCUCUGUGUAGCCUUGACUGUCCUGGACUCACUUUGUGGACCAGGCUGACCUCAAAUUCAGAGAUCUGCCUGCCUCUGCCUCCUCUAGUGCUGGAAUUACAGGCACCAGUCUUCACUCUAGUAUGUAGAUUGGUCCUUACAUACUAUUCUCGAACGUAUUAAUUAAAAUUAUUUCAGCUCUCAGAGGAAAAAAGACUGACUUACUACAUGUUGGUUGUUUCUGUUGUCCAUAUUUCUCUUGUGUUUCAGUCAUUUUGUUUUGAGCUUGCCUUGUGAGUUUAUCAAAUGCCUUGUAUUGUGUUUUUAAGAUCACAGAGGCCCUGGGUUGUUGGUCUUCUCCUGUGAGGGUUACGAUUUCUUCUGUCUAUCACAUGAAUUGCAGACAGAGCCUUGUGACUGCAUCAGGGGUUGACAUUUGGACGAAUUGGGCCAUACAUACUAAAUUUAGCGGUUACUCCUAGCAACUGGCCACUGUGGGUUUCCAACUGAAAAUCUGGGUUAUUUAUUCGGGCCAGUUUACCAUGAUGAACCUGAAUUCCCAUGUCUGUCUCCUCAGUACCAAGAACUGCUAAGACCUCUCUCUGGCCAACUCUGUCAGCUUUCACUUGCUGCCACUGCUGGCCUUCCUGAAGCCUGGCCUUGUGCAGGAGAGUUUAGGAUUGAGAGACACCCCCAGGGAGCCGGUAGCAGUUAGUACUCCUUGUUUAAUUUCUUGGAGUGGUCUCCUCUCUGGGACUUUGCCCUCAAAUCCUAGCCCAAGCUCCAGCUUCAUGAAUUCAGUGCUCUGCUGCUCUCUGCCUGUGUUUGCUGUCCUGCAAAGGGGCCACGGUGAUUGUGACACCCACCCCAGUGUGCUGCUGCUCCUGUUCUAAGCCUGUGUUCAUUUGCUCCGUGGUGCCUGUUAUUGAUGGCACAAAUUUCUGUUAACUAUCAUGGUGAUUUUCAGUGGGUUUUCUACCUCAGGCACAAGCCACUCCAACUUUGGCCAAGAGCAGAAAUGUGCUGGUAAUCAUUUUGGGUCACUGUUGAGUUGUGAGAGGGCACCAGGUUCCUCUCAGAUCACAGGUCUUCAUUAAGGUUUUGUGCCCCUGUUUCAGGCUAGAUAUUAUUGUAGACAUGGGCGAAAGAUAGAAAAGAUGAGACCUUUUGUCUUUUUAGAGACAGAAUCCAUUUAGGUUUCUGAUUUUUUUUCAUUGUACGUUAAUUAUGUAGGCUGGUGGUGAUGGCCUUUGACUAUGACUGUUCCAUGCACUAGUGUCUUGUGCUUCGCUCCUAACCACCCUCUCUACUACCAUUGUUCUUUCCUGAGAACAGCAGUCGUUUCUGUCCUACCUUCAUGUCAUCUUCCCCCCAUAUAUGAGAGAAAGCAUGUAAUACUUCCACCUCUGUGACUAGCUUAUUUUGACAUAUUCUCUAGUUUUCUUCACUUUCCUGUGAAUGACUUAACUUUAUGGCUGAAUAAUGCACACACACACACACACACACACACACACAUAUGUAUACAUGCAUAUAUAUGUAUAUAUAAUGUUUUCUUUAUAUGUUUAUCUGUUGCCGAUUGGUCCUUGUAGUAAUUAUCAUUGGCUAUUAUGAAACAGAUGUGGUAGGGAGAAACUGGGACCUUUUGGAUGAUCACACUUUGUUACUUUCUAUAAAUACUUAUAAUAUUUUGUAAUUAUAUGGGCUGUAGACAAGGUCCUGGGUUCAAUCCUCAAUGCCAGGAAAAAAACAAUUACAUGAAGACUAGCCCAGUACAUCACAUUUGUGGACCACUUGUUGAAGGCUAAAAAUGCUUAAUUAUAUGUUUUUAAGUUGUGGCUUCCAACAGACGAUAUAAGUACAUGAAAAGUUUACUUUGAAGCAUAAGGGUUGAACAAUUUGAGUUAAAAUUAUAGAAAGUAGCUGUGGUGUUGUGACACAUACCUGUGAUCUCAGCACUCUCGAGGUUGAAACAGCAUCAUUGAGAGUUCAAGGCCAGCCUGGGCCAGCCUGAGACCUCUCAUCAAAACCGGAGGCUGGAAAGGUGGCUCCUAUAUACCAAGUUCUGGCUGCACAAGCAUGAGGACCAGAGUUCAGGUCCCAGGCACCCAGAGACAUGCAUCUAUAACCCCAGCACUGGGAACGCAGACACUGGCUGAUCCCAGGACCCGGCUGACCACCCAGUCUAGCAAAGUGCUGAGCUCCAGACAGUCCCUGUCAAAAAAAAGGGGGGGAGGGGAUGAAGGAGCAAUAGAGGAAAAUGCUUAGUUAGCCUAGGCCUCCAUGUACACACACACACACACACACACACACACACACAAUUUAAAAACAAGAAAAAUAAAAUAAUAAAACCCACAGGAACAAAUUUAUGGGGAACAAAUGAAUCUAUGGAAGAAAUUCCUUUUCCUAAGUGUUAACAUGAGAUCUGAUCAUCAGUACACUGAGGUUUCCUAUUUUAACUUAAGGUUUUUGAAAAACAUUUCACAGGUGACUAAGCCCUCAUUAAAUGUAUUAAGAUACUUAAAAAUGGUCUUGAUGUUCUCAGUCAGUCUUUCAGAAUAGCUUCCAUGUCAGCAUUACCAAGAGAAAAUGCUUGCUGCUCACAUACCACUAUCAUAUACUUCGGUCAAACGAACUGUCCCACUGCUCUGCUCUUAUUCUUCCUUCAGGAGCUGUAGCCACUCUGGAGCAUUUGAACAUUUAAUCCCAACACCUGGGAGGUGGAGGCAGAAACACCACGAGGUCAGUGUCCUCCUCUAGGGGCUGGAAAGAUAGCUAAGCAGUUCCGAGCACUUGUUCUUACAGAGGACACAGGUUCAAUUCCUAGCACAUGCACGGCAGCUCACAGCCAUCUAUGAGUCCAGUUCCAGGUAAUACGGUCCUCUGUCCUGAUCUCUGAGGGUACCUGGCAUACACGUGAGAUGGAGACAUAUGUGAGUGAAGUACUCACAAGCAUAAAUCAAUCUUUAAAAAAGCUUAAAGAGUGCUUUUCUUGUCUAGUUAGUGAGUUUGUGGCCAGCUUGGGUUAAAUGAGAACCUGUUGAGAGAAAAAGGAAAGAAGGAAGGAAGGAAAGAAAAAAAGGAAAACUGACUUCAUCUAAAAGAAGUAUCUUUCUGCUCCAUGCACAGAGUCAAAAGGUAACUUUGCAUGGUGCUGGGGCUUAAGCUCUGGGCCUCUGUGCAUGCUGGGCAAGGGUUCUGUCCCUCGGCUACCCACCCAGCCUAAUGAUUUGUACUUCUGAGUACAGUGCAUUUUUACAUGAUAAAAGUUAGUCCAAAAAACUAGAAUUUCUUUACAUAUGCUAGUUCUAAGAAAUCUUAGAUGCACUUCAAGGGCCAAGCAACAGCCCUAAGCACCCUGGACUUGGUGCUUGAAAUAGUGGCUCUCUAAACACAAAUGCCUUCAUACUGCAUGAUGUCAUUUCUAUUAAAAAUACAGAGUGGGCAGAACCAUAGGGAGUGGAAGCUCUGCGAUUUCCACAGGUUGCUCUGAGAGGGAGGUGGGGGGGUGACCACUUAGUGAGGUGAAUGAGCUAACAGCGCUUGGGGUGAUGAAGUCUAGAACUAGGUAGCUACAAUAGUUGUAUAGUGUAUAAAACUCAUGAAUGGUACAUUUAAAACAUUGGGGGAGAUGUGUUAAGAGGGGCCUCCCAUGCCCACCUCCAAAAUAACUGAAAACUAGAGGCAUCUAAUGUUCAUCUUAUUUUUUGUUUGUUUGUUUGUUGUUUUUGUUUUUCCAGACAGGGUUUCUCUGGCUGUCCUGGAAGUUUUAUUGUAGACCAGGCUGGCCUCAAACUCAAAAAGAUUUGCCUGCCUCUGCCUCCUGCAUGUUGAGGAUUAAAGGCAUGAUCCACUGCACCCCCGGCUACAUCUUAAUUUUUAAAACUCUGAAGAACAACAAAACCCACUCCCUAGAAAGGGUAGUCACUUGAGAAAUUGCCCAAACACUGAGUGCUAAAAGAAUGUCACCCCAGCCCUCAUUUGCAUGGUAGGUAUUACUGCUGGGGAGGAAAGGCAACCCCAGUAUUCCAGCCUCUGGGGAGGGAGAGGGGCAGUGGUUUCCCUAAUGCCUAACAGGCCAGAGUGCUGUAUUUUUACUGGUGACCACACCCAGCUUCCUGCUCUAACUGUUAAUCAGGAGAUCUCAUUUCAGCUAUGUUCCCCUUUGGUGAGUGCUUCCUGAACUCUCUCUGAUCCUGUACUUACUGAAGCUCUCAGAAACAGGUUCAAGUGCCUGGUUAAUUGAAAUGUUUCUCACAAAGCUAUUGGAUCAUUGGUCUUUAAAGCAACCAAAAUACUUUUUAAAUGUUGCAAAAUUAUCUCAUCACUCAUAACUCUGUGUGUGUGUGUGUGUGUGUGUGUGUGUGUGUGUGUGUACAUUUUUUUUAACAGUGCUGGAGGUGAGGGACCAAACCCAGGUCUUCAUGAAUAACAAACACAAGUUCCUACUUCUGAGCCACAUCUCCAGCCCAAAAAUGUCUAUCUUGGGUAGUAAUUUUUAUUCAUGAGACCUAAAAGUUUAUUAACAUAAGACUGAACUCAAAAGAUGUAUUUCUCCAGGGCCUGGAGAGAUAUGUCUCAGUAGUUAAGAGCACUGGCUGCUCUUCCAGAGGACCAGGGUUCCAUUCCCAGCUCUCCCGUGGCAUCUCACAUCCAUCUAUAAUGGGAUCUGAUGCCCUGUUGUAGGAUGCAGGUGUACAUACAGAUAAAGCACUCAUACACAUGAAAGAAAGAGAGAGAGAAAGAAAGAAAAGUACAAACAUCUUAUUCUGGCCAGGUGAGGAUGGUGCAUGCAAAUCUAGCCUGGUCUACAGAAUGAGUUCCAGACAGUCAGGGUUACACAGAGAAACCCUAUCUCAAAAAAAAAAAACAAAAACAAAAACUAAAAACAACAAAGUAAAAAAUCUUUUUAUCCACUGAUUGAGACAUGCAUGACAUUGGUUCCUGGAGGAACAAAGAGAACUGUUUUGGAGAAAACAAAUUGGGCUCUGAAAUUUUCAUAAUGCUUUUCUUAGCAAACAUGAAUAGAUUUUUUUUUCCAAACUCCAGAUUGUUUUUCAUAAAAUCUUAAUGUGAAGAAUGUAUGUUGCCAUACAGUAAAGUUAGUACUUGACAUUUUUUGAGUGGCAAAUGUUUUGGAAAUUAAUUGUAAUGGUAAUUAUUGAAAUGUUUUCCUUAAUAUAUUUAGAAUAAAAUACACCUACAUGUAAGAACAUGGAUAAGUUUCGUAUUGCAUCAUAGUCUAGUUCUUUAUUUUUCUUAAAACAAGAAUAGGCUGGGAGAUACAGGCCUAUUUAUAGUAAGUCAGUUUAUAGCUUUGUCUGACGAAGUUUGAGGAAAAUCUACUGUCAGAACACAGGCAGUGUUUUUACAUCUAAGUCUGAUGUUAGCCUCUUUUGCUUAAUUUUUUGAAUGUUUUUUAUUUUGGUUCUGAUUUUUUUUUUGUUUUGGUUUUGAGACAGGGUUUCCUGUAGCCCAGGCUGGUAUCAUUCUCACUAUGUAAUGUAAUCACAGAUGGCCUGAACUCCUGAUCCUCCUGCCUCCAUCCUUCAAGUGCUGGGAGUACAGGUGUUUGCCACCAGGGCUGGCUCUGAUGUUUGCUUUCUAAAGUCAGAGUAAUCAAAUCCUUAAAAAUCUGAAAAACUCUUUUCACAUGAUGAAUCCAUUCUGUGAAAAAUUGAAUUUUUGAGAAUUUUAAGUAGAAUUUUAAUUGAGCAGCAUAUAUGUUGUGGAACCUAAAGCUGUAUGUUUAUUGGUGACUGUACGUGAUUUGCAAUCUUCCUUAAGUAGGCUUUUUGGAAAUUACCUCUGUGUUGGGUUUGUGUAUAUUUUUCAGUGUUAGAGUACCAUGUCUGUAAUAGAAAGUUGUUUAUGAAAUCUGGUGGCAUAGCUUUUGGAAAUUGUUAAACUUACACAUGAUAUGUGAAAUUCAUACUUCAAAUGAGGCUCCUUGCACUGUAAUUAUUUACAAUUCAGUUACAUUAGCUUUAUCUUUAAAUAACGAAAAUAUUUCUAGUUACUAAGUGACAGAUCAGUAUUAUGAAGUACACAUAUGUGUGUGUUUAUAUGGAUACAUAUGCACAUUUAGGGACCAAAACCAUGAAACUGACCAUCUGCCAGGGAUCCCCUCCUGUCGUGAAGUACUGUCUGCUGAAAAUGAUGGGUGAGCCGAAAGGUAUGUUAGUUUCUUUUCCAUAAAAGGCACAGGUGCACACAAUUCACUCUCGUGAACUAGUUGUUUCUAGUUGUUUUCUUAAAGACCUAAUAGACUGUAAUGGGAGAUAAAUCUCCAGGUUUAUUUUACACUUAGCAUCAAAGACAGGAUUUGAGGUUAACAGAGGGUCCGCACCAUCAUACUUUCAGUAUAUGAAGCACACACAGUCGGAAAGCACUUUGAUUUGAGUUUUGUUUUUUUCAAACUGAAGUAAGGAAUUAUUUUCUUGAUUGGCUUUAUCUAGACAUCACAGAUGUGUUGUUUGCUUGCUUUAUAGUUGGUAGGAAUUCUUUUGUUGUUGCUGGGUUAGUCUCCCUGCUAUGUUUUAGGAUUUGGUUUAUUUUGUAAACAGCACCCCAAGUCCUUGUUGGAAAGAGAGGAAAAUUAAAAUGUCCAGCAAAUUCUUUGUCUCCUAAGAGAGCUCACUCUGUGAUUGACUGACAGGGGGCUUCAACCGCUUUCUGCCCAGGUUCCUGCUCUCCCUCCUUCAUAAAUAUUUUUAACCUUGAGGAAAAUAAAGUUGCAGGUGUGCCUCUCAGUGGCAAAAGAAAUGUGCUUUUUUUUGGUGGUAAAUGAGCUGUCCAGACAAAAUUUUGGCUCCAACCAUCUGUUCUUCAGUGAAACUUAGAACUUUGGAAGCCUUUCUUGGUGGGCUUCUUGUAAUUAGAUUAAUAAUUACAAAUAAUCAAAUACUUGCUGUCUGCACCCUCUAGAUUUUGAAAAUUAGAGGUUUGAUUUGAGGAUACUUUUAAGGUAAGUUUCCACUUUUAAAGUUUUGUGAAAAAGAAGCAGGGAAGCAGUUUUGUACUGGUUGAUGAACUUAGUGACUGAAUGAUUCACCCUGCCAUUUUAUGCCUCCAUUUCUUCAUCUGCAGAAUGGAGAUAAUUGUACCUGGCCAUCCUCCCUUAGGACCAUUUCAGGAAGAAAGGUUCACUAAGGUUCAUUGAUCCCACAGAUAGGCAGAACGAAGAGCUGGAUUUUAAAGUGGGGACUUGUUAUACAGCAGGAGUGUGAUGAAUAGUGACUAGCUUGAAGCAGAAUCUGAGGCUAUGCCAGGUGUAAAGCAGGGUGAUCUUUAAUAUUUGUUGUUAUUCAACACAUUAGUAAAGAGCCGUGGUGUGUAUUGUAGGUAUAUUGUAGCAUGGGUUUAAUAUACAUCUUCUCACUUGGGUAAUUUGUAGACUGUCUUGCCAUUUGGGCUGACUGUUCACCAAUACAUUUUCCUGCCAGAAGCAGGGCUCCUUCCGGCUGAUGUCACUGCAUGUUGCCCGUGUGAUCUCUUCCUAAGAACCUUUGGAGAAGGGUGAGCAGCUCCCACACUCUUGAUGUAUACUCUUUGUUCCAGAGGAUCCUAAAAACGUGGGCCUAGUCAUCUUAUCUAAAAGAUGCAAACCCUGGAUGUUACCUUUCUUAAAAGGCAUAACACAUGUAGUAUUUUCCAGGCUUUUUUCCACGAUUUUCCCAUUUUUUUCCCCCUUAAUUUCUUUAAUAAUUUGAAAAUAAUAUCUCUUUUUUACUUCUCUCCCUUGUAACAGAGUGGCAAGGAGGGGGAAUGGUGUGUGUGUGUGUGUGUGUGUGUGUGUGUGUGUGUGUCCUCCUGGGGCAUCAGAGUUAUUGCAGGGGAAGUAGGGCCAAGACUGGAAAUGGGGGCCAGUGGUGGAAUCCUAGAGAAAGGCAUUGACUUGGUUGGUACCUGUGGAGGGCGCAAAGGAGCAGAUCCCUUUCCAGGUCUGACCAGAGUGUUAAAAUGUUCUCAGCCUGUGUUUCCACCUACAGCUCAAUUCCUAACAUCUGCCAGACUGUGAAGCUACAUAUUGAUCCUUUUGCUGCACAGCUUUGGGGCUGUGUAUUUUAAUUCUUUGUUCCAUUUGGGGAAAUCAUAGAACCUUGGUUUUGCUUACUGGCCCCAAAUUAGCAUUAAAAAGCAAGUCACUUUUAAUUGUCUCUUUUCUUCGGGUAUUUUACACAGACACACACACACACACACACACACACACACACCCUUCCUUCCACCUAAAGGAAGCAAUGCUUCAUCUGAGCCCCGUUCAUGUUACCAUCUUACUUAUUAUGCCAUAUGAAGCCCUUAGCAGAAAAUACCUGUGUGUCACCGCCAUAAACCAUUUUAGGGUUUUCUGUACAAUCUCACCUGCUUCCUAACAGUCCAUGGAGGUCUGUCAGGCAGAAGCUUUUUGCAGCCAGAACGGGUAUAUUUAUAAAGCACAAGACCCAUAGUCAUCAGUAGGCCUUUUGAAAAGUUUGUUUUCAGCCGAGUGAAUGCUGGUUCAUCUCGUGCCAAAACUGUCUGGGGCUUCAAAGGGCUAGUGUUGAGGGGGUCUGGUGCUUAGACUGUCUCUGUGGCCUUUUUGUUUGCUGGCUCUGUUGCUUCCUGAUAAGCAGGAGCUAAUUCAUCAUUCCCCAAACAGGAGCAGAGUGCCCAGGCAGGCUCUCCUAGCAGACUUGGGCCUCCUUCUCACAUCUUGCCAGUGAGCAGAACUGCUCACCAUUCCCUGACUGACAUGAUGAGGUUCUUUGCCUGUGUGUCUUCCUCUCCCCUGUUCUCUCACCCUUCCCCCGCUUUGCUUUAAGAAGAAACAAAAGCACCUGGCACUGUAUGGGAGUCUGUGAAGGGUGUAAGUGAGCCUUGCUUUAGGAGUACAAUAUUUCCUCUUACUUCUGGGGAAGAAUCGGGUUGGACAAUCAGGUCUUUGAUACUUUGAAAGCUGGUCUAGGGGCCGACCUUUGACGGUCACUCAGACCAUGCAACUCACUUUUCUUUUGCAUGGCUUGUUUUCUAAGUGUCCUUGGAAGAAAUAAGAAACUCAUUUUUAUACUGUACAAAGAAGUUAUUCUCAUGUCAGUGAUCAACUUUAUUUCGUAAAUCCAUGCCUCUUCCAUUAUUUUUAUUAGUCUUUUUGUUUGUUUAACACCACCUGCAUUUAGUAAGUGGCAGUUUUUCUGAACAUGUUUUCCUGAAUUUUAUAUUUAUAUUCUUUAUGACACGUUUUUGUUUUGUUUUCUUUUUAGAAAAAUUGAUUCUUGCUGGGCUAGAAUCUCCAUUCAUUAAUUUAUGAUGAGCAUUUCCUUUCUGGGAUCAUUUAGGAGAGCUGGAGGGAUAUGUUCUUUUGUUGCUGUAAAUACUCAUAGUUGUCUUAGUGUGUUCAAAUGCUUUCUUGUAUUGAUAAUUGAUACUGCCUUUGAUUAAAGGUGAACCAUGUAGAGCUGAGAAAUUUUGUACUCUAAACUACUCAUGUAGAAUUUUCAGGAUUCUAUUGCUAACUUCUCCUUAAUUGUUGUAACAGGCAUGUACUUUAUCCUUUCAGAGUCUAGUAGUGAGUUUUUCUUUCUUCAGGCAGGUCUGCUCAAAACCACAUGAAUCAAAAACCAGCUGUAUUGUAGACACGUGCUGUGUGCCUGUUUAGGGGAGGUGGUGGGCAAGCUUCAUGCAUAGGUUUCGUUUUUAACAGAACAGUAAGGGCUUACUUUUCACCAGCCUUUGUGUAUAUGAAGAUGUGUUUGUUGAGCUUUAAAAAAAAAUAAUAAUAAAUCUGUCAAUGUACAAACAAA